AUGCGCUUGCGGAUUUUUUCCCGCAACAUUUUUAACACUUUAUUAAAAAACGCUAAAUUAUUUUUAUUAUUAAUUUAUUUUAUAACCGCUAUAUGGAAUUGCUUAUAUAAAUUAAAAAGCGCAAAAAAAACAACAAAAAUAAUACCGAACCGUACAAAUUCCAAACCGGUAGCAUUUGCAUUUAUAAAAACCCCGGCGCUAAAAAAAGGAAGCAUUUGGAAACGGUUAAAGUUAAAGCCAGUACCGGCAAGUACCCCGAAUUUGUUAAAUCCAUUUUUGUUAGCACGCCGGAACGUAAAAACCUUAGCAAUUAAAGCGUUCUUUGGGAAACGUUUUAUAAUAUUUGGCGAAAAGCUUAACGGCAGCACGAGCUUUUUUAAUUGCAGCAAAGUAAGGUUAAGGAAAAAUACGUUAGCAACCUGGUUAAAUAAAGGAUAA